AUGGAGCAUGCUACCCUUAGAAAAGUUGCGGAUCACAUUAGGCACAUUGGUGGUCUGGUUGGUGUUGAACAUGUUGGUUUGGGUAGCGACUUUGACGGUAUCCCGACUGUUCCUCGAAGUCUAGAGGAUGCCUCCAAAUUCCGCGACUUAAUCGCACAGCUUCUACGACGGGAUGUCAGUCAUGAGGAUGCUGCCAAGGUCGCAGAGAGGAACCUACUGCGCGUGCGGAAGCAACUCGACGAGGUCAUCCUGCAGGUGCAAGCUGAAGGAGCUCUGCUGGUGGAAGGCAAUAUAGGUCUACCGUCUACCUUGCUUAUGACGGUAACAGGUUCCUUCUCCUCGGUCAUUUCUAAGCCUGCGUAUCAAACCAUGUACGGAGUAACAGUAUCAGGUUAUGCUGCAUAA